AUUCGACCCGUUUUAUAGAUAUUGGAGGUGGGAUUACGCUUCUAUAUUUAUAUGCUGUCGGUGUGGGACAAACGACCGUCAAAAUUCACAGACACAGAGAUUCAUUCAAUUACCAGGAGGCGAAAAUUGAAGCCGACGAUGAUAGACCUGCAAUAAUACUGGCAGAUCAGAGGAUCUUUGUGAGGAAGUUCGAUGAGUAGAGAUGGAAGAGCCAAGCACAAACAGAUACAGAGAGUCAAAUCUGUCAGAUUUUCUUCCCCAUAGGCCAUAGGCCCAUAGAGUAUGCGUUCACCUAUCACCUAUGGGAUCGGAAUUGAAGCGUGUGCAACUUCACCAAGGUGGCCAGCGAAGGCUUGGGCGACAUCGUUCACGCAUGCUGUAUGAAAACGACGCGGCUGAAGAUGGCGGGAGCCACGAUAUCACUUGUGUUCAUCUCCUUCGAUUGUUUUUCCGCUGCAAAGAAGAAAACAUGGCCGAUGUUGUGGGAGGAGCGCUUCUCUCUGUUGUGUUGCAGGAGUUAUUUGGAAAAAUGACUCGAGAGGUCCUUGACAUCUUUCAGGGACGAAAACUCGCCGAUGGGCCCUUAAGAAAGCUGAAGGUAGCAUUGCUGUCUGUGAAUGCGGUGCUGGAGGACGCGGAGGACAAGGAACUCACGAAGCCUGCUGUGAAAGAGUGGCUUGAUGAGCUGAAAGAUGCUGUUUUUGAUGCAGAAGACAUGUUGGCUGAGAUUGAUACGGAAAUCCAGAGACGCGAGUUGGCCGCUUCUGAAUCUCGAACCACUGCAAUAAAGGUACGAAACUCGGUCUCUGAUCUUCUUAAUCCUUUUGCCAAGGAGAUACAACCGAGGAUGGAAGAGGUUCUUGACCGAUUAGAAUAUCUGGCAAAACAAAAGGAUGUCUUAGGUCUAACAGAAGGGCUUGGAGGGAAAUCUUCAGGAAGGCUUCCCACGACUUCUUUGGUUGAAGAAUCUUGUGUUUUUGGUAGGGAUUGUGAUAAGGAGGCAAUAAUUAACUUGUUGCUCUCGGAUGACGGAAGAGGCAGUGGGAUGUGUGUGGUUGGCAUUGUGGGCAUGGGUGGAAUUGGCAAGACAACGCUUGCUCAGCUUGUAUACAACGACAAGAAGGUGAAGGAGCAUUUCGACCUUGAGGCAUGGGUAUGUGUUUCAGACGAUUUUGACGUGUUCAGGGUGACGAGAACAAUUCUAGAGGCAGUAACAUCGUCAACCUGUGAUAUUAAGGAUCUGAAUCGGCUUCAAGUUACACUGAAGGAGAGGUUGAUGGGGAAAAAAUUCCUACUUGUUUUAGAUGAUGUAUGGAAUAAGAAUUAUAGUGAUUGGGAAGUCUUAAUCAAUCCCUUUAAAUUUGGGACACAAGGAAGUAGGGUCAUCGUAACAACGCGUGAUAAUGAUGUUGCAUCCGUAGUACGCUCUUGUGGGACUCAUUGUCUGAAUAAAUUAUCAGAAGAUGAUUGCUGGUCAAUAUUUUCAGACCAUGCUUUUCACAAUGUUGACUUUAACGCACAUCCUGAGCUAGAGGCAGUUGGCAGACAAAUUGUGAAGAAGUGUGAAGGCCUACCUUUAGCCGCCAAAAUGAUUGGGGCUCUCUUGUGGUCGAAAUUAGAUGUUGAAGAAUGGGACAAGAUACUGAAUAGUGAAAUAUGGGAUUUGCCAAUUGAGGAGACAAACAUUCUUCCUGCAUUAAGAUUAAGCUACAAAUAUCUACCCUCACAUCUAAAGCGAUGCUUUGCUUAUUGUUCAAUAUUCCCAAAGGGUUACGCAUUUGAAAAAGAUAGAUUAGUUUUACUGUGGAUGGCUGAAGGUUUCUUGCAAGAACCCCAAAACAAAACAAUGGAAGAAGCUGGUAAUGAUUACUUUCUUGAUCUUGUAUCAAGAUCAUUGUUUCAACAAUCAAGUGGUGAUAAAUCAUGUUUUGUAAUGCACGAUCUUGUCAAUGACUUAGCCAAGUUUGUAUCUGGACAAUUUAUCUUUAGGCUGGAGGGUGACAGUUUUUACAGAAUUGUGAACAAGACUCGUCACUUGUCAUAUUUCAGAACAAGAUUUGAUAACUUUAAGAAGUUUGAGGCUCUUUACGAGGUUAAGCGGCUGCGCACCUUCUUGCCAUUAGAAUUCUCAAUAUUGGACAACAAUUUAUCUAAAAAGGUACCGAAUGAUCUAUUGCCGAAGCUAAGAUGUUUACGGGUACUCUCUUUGUCUCAUUAUGAGAAUAUGGCUAACUUCCCUGAUUCAAUUGGCAAAAUUAAACAACUACGUUAUUUGGACAUUUCUUUUACUGCAAUUAAAAGGUUACCUGAUUCCAUGUGUAAGUUGAUCAAUUUGCAAACACUCAACUUAUCAUGUUGUUACAAUCUUGUUGGAUUGCCAAAGGAUAUGCGAAAACUCAUUAAUCUACGACAUCUUGAUAUUAGUGGAAUUGACAUAAUGGAGAUGCCGAUACAAUUGGGUAGACUUAAAUGUCUCCAAACGUUGACAAAAUUUAUUAUUGGUAGCCGUAAUGGGUCUUGCAUUGGAGAGUUGGGAAAGCUUACUAAUCUUCGAGGAAAACUUGCUAUUUUGAACCUUCAAAAUGUUGUCUCUUCUAUAGAUGCCUCAGAUGCAGGCUUGAAGGACAAGAAGCACGUUAAUGAGUUGGUGUUGGAAUGGAAAGCUGAUACUGAUAUUUUAGAAAGUCAAAGAACUAUACUUGACAGGCUCCAGCCUCAUUUAAAUUUGAAAAGUCUCACUAUCAACAACUAUGGCGGUCAAAGUUUUCCAGAUUGGGUAGGGCAUGAUUCAUUCUUUAAUAUGGUAUCUCUUCAUCUAAACAAGUGUAAAUAUUGUUGUAGCUUGCCAUCGCUUGGACAACUACCCUCUCUGCAAGACCUCUCUAUUGUUGAGUUUGAUGCAAUUGUUAGAGUGGAUCCUGGAUUUUAUGGUAGUGGUUCAUCUUCAAUUAGGCCAUUUAAAGCAUUGAAAGUUCUAAGGUUCGAGUUGAUGUUGAAGUGGGAGGAAUGGUUUUCCUUUGGCGCUAAAAACGAAGGUGGACCUUUUCCUCAGCUCCAAGAGCUUUAUAUUCAUGAUUGUCCCAAGUUAACAGGAAAGUUUCCCAUCCAUCUUCCUUCUUUAGCCAAACUUGAGAUCAAGGAAUGUCCACUACUGGUGUCUUCACUCCCGAGGGCUCCUGCUAUAUGUCAAUUGAAUCUAACACGCUGUAACGAGGUAUUGUUAAAGGAAUUGCCAACUAGAAUACAAGUUCUCAAAGUUGGAGGAUUUGAUACACUAGAUUCCCAAGCCAACAUAAUGAUGGGCCCCAGUAGUUCUCUUCAAGAGUUAGAAGUCAGUGAUUGUUCCUCGUUUGUGUCCAUUUCCAAGGGUGAUCUAGCAUCUACAUUAAAAUCCCUUAUCAUCAUGAAGUGUGGGGUUUUAGAGCUCCCAAUGUACCCAAUCUUUUCAUCCCUUAAAAAGUUAUACUUAUAUGAUAUUUAUGAUUCUCUCAAGUCCGUCCCAUUGGACUUAUUCCCAAUGCUCUGUGAUAUCCAUAUCUUUGGGUGUACGAAUUUGGAAUCUUUGACAGUUUCAGAACAAUAUGAACAUGAUUUAAUGACCUUGCAAAUGCGAAUCAUAAAUUGCCCUUGUUUUGUAUCUUUUCCAAAAGGCGGAUUGUGUGCUCCCAACCUCACAUUGUUUUGGGUUUGGAAUUGUGAGAGUCUGAGGUCACUGCCUGACAGGAUGGACAUCCUCCUAUCUCUUGAGGAAUUUCAAAUAGUACAUUGUCCAAAAGUCGAGUCGUUUCCUGAAGGGGGCUUGCCUUCCAAUCUGAAGUCAAUUUCUAUCAUGGAUUGUGACAAACUAGUUCCAAGCCGGACUGGAUGGGGUUUCCAAAAGCUUCUCUUUCUUAGAAAUUUGUCCAUUUGUGGCGAAAAGGGAGAUGUAGAGUCCUUUUCAGAGGUGGGAUUGCUGUCUCCCCAUCUGGCUGUUCUUCAAAUCUCUAAUUUUCCUAAUAUGAGAUCUUUGGACAAGAAGGGGCAUCAAGAACUCACAUCUCUUGAAGAAUUGCGGAUCUAUGACUGCCCUAUGCUCAAGUACAUGCCAGAAGAGGGGUUGCCUGCCUCCGUUUCUGUUCUAUUGAUCAGAAAAUGUCCUUUGUUAAAGAAAAAGUGUCGUAGGAAAAAGGGAAAAGAAUGGCGCAAGAUUGCUCAUGUCCAUCUAUUAAUGAUUGAUGAUGAAUUAAUUGAAUGAGCUAACCGUAGCAGCAUUCUCCACUCAGAAUUUAGAAGAUGGAAGAGUUUGGCUAUGAAUAUACAAAGCAGAGGCUUGCACGUAGAAUCUGAUGCGCCACUCCUCACAUCAUCUGAUGCUCACGUACUGAAAAUCUAGUGGCUACCUGUAGAACUUGUUUUGUGGUGCUAAAUCAAGAUCCCGGGAAAUUUUGGCACUUUUAGAUUUGCUCAAGUGUAGGCUUUGAAUUACCAAUCAGUAUCUUUUCUUCUGAUGGCUGUUAUGUGGGAAAAGAUUUUUGUGAUAAAGUCAUUUGCAUUGCCAAAGUAAACUCCAUUUGGAAAGCCAGGAUUAGAAGCAGUUCCAACACCAGCUUUGGGUCAACAAGACAAGCCAAGACCUGUACUCCAGGUUGUUGUCUCAGAUUCAUUCUGCAGAUGCGGGAUGGGAACUUGAAUCCUUUUGAAAAACAGGUCUUUGUGGCUGAAUAGGCGAGCCAUUCCUCACUGCCUGAGGAAUUCUUGGGAGAAGCCUUGAAAACUGCGGUUUAUAUUCAGAACCGAGUUCCUUGCAAAGCUGCACCUGAAACUCCUCAUAAGCAAUGGACAGGAAAGAUGCUGAGAAACUGCAUCUGGGUAUAAGAGGUUGACAAUUAUCUGUUGAUUAAACAGUGCAGAAGUCUGAGAAGGCUUCUAGGAGAAAAGCAGGGCAUCUACACCUUCGAUGAACGCGGAAAUUCGUCGGUACAAGGCUCGAUUGAUGGACGAAAUUCCUAAGCUACAAAAUUCGCUAUGAAGAAUGAGCGGAUGAAAAAAGACAUGACUUCCGUUGAUUGAUCAAAAGCUGCUUGGUUAAUUUUCAAGGGGUGGAUCCAAACUGUUUUGUGAAAGAGUUUCGAUGAAAGCUCUAGCCUGAAUAUGAAAACGAAAAAUGAACACCGACCCUAGAAAAGCACCAAUGAAAGCUCAGAAGAAAGCACCUUCGAAAGAAACAAGCCCUAGCUAUACGAAGAAAAGAGGAAGAGAGAAUAUGGCGAUAUGAAGCUGAAAGCUAGCGGAACAGGCGUACAUGCGCUACUUCUAGCGGAGGGUGGGAGAGAGGGAGUGGGACUGAAAGCCAAGGCCUUAGUUGAUAGAAUCCAUAGGCAUAAUUUCUAAAAAGAAUCAAUGAGUUUAGCAGUUGAACCUCGUAUCUAGCAUUGUGACCGAAUAACUUAACAUUUUCUUAUCUAAUUCAAAGCUUUUUGCACUCUAUUUUUCUAGAGGUUCAAACAUAAUGCUUACAGACUUGGUAAAUUGUAUGCUUCCUUUUUUGUUUUUUGAUUUCUUUAUUGGUUGUAUCUCAAGAUCUGUCAUGGAUGAUGAACUAAAGAGAAUGUAAUCCAUGGAUGAUAGCUGUGGGUGGCUAUAUGCCAGUGUAAAUUCUUUUUGUUGAUUGCCUAUAUUGGCUAUAUGCCUCCAGAGUAUGCAACGGAUGGGCUCUUUUCCUUGAAUUCUGAUGUCUUUAGCUUUGAUAAACAUAAAAUUUAUGUAUGUCAUAUUAUAGUAUGUACAUACAUAGAAUUCAGUCCACUUCAGGGUUGUUUAUAUCCCUAUUUGACUAAUUAUUCAUACUCUUUUAUCAAUAAAUAUCUAUUGUUUUGUAUACAAUAUGUGCUUUUGUAUGGAUGCUUUCUAAUCUAAUCUAAUACAAUAUAUAAUAGCACAUUAUAGGCUAAUAUAUAAUAUACAAUGAAAGAAACCCACACAUACCCCGGGUUAUAGGCUAGUAAACAAUAAUGUGCAAUUCCUUUUAUUGAUAAAUGCUCCUUUCCGCAUCACAAGCCUAAUUAGAACUUUUGGUUUUCAUUAAUUUUGUUAUCUCUUAUCUAAAUGUUUAUUAUCAUUGUGAGAUGAAGUUCUUGAGUGAGAUGCAGUCUUGGCUUGUGACGCAAAGGCUACAAUAUUUCAAGUAAGAACAUUUCGAGGUAUAUUCAAUGCAGAGUUUUCCUGGUAUUGGAAAUUAUUAGCACACUGACCUCUUCAGCGUUCAAUGGGCCAAAUUGUAAGUUCCUCUAAUGGCUUCAUAAUAUAAGGUUCCCGUUCUUCAGUUUU